AUGGCUUUUCGACUACGUCAGUCUAUCUUGAAGUGCCCUCGGAAUGUAUCUAACGCCUUUGCAUUGGCUUCUUUCUUCUAUCCUAGGACAUCAGCCCACCAUACUGGUGUCCAGCGGUCGGAUUUAUUUUUAGCGGUUACAAAAUCAUUGACAUCCUCAUCUUGUCGGCCAAUAAGCUCUAAAGCCGUCCUUAGGCAGAACCUCCCACUUGAAAAUGGAGUAUACAAGAGACCCAUUCUCGAAGAACUAGAAUUAGAACAAAAGAAGGAUGAGAAGGAACUGGAAGAAUUGCUUUCUGUCCAACAGCCUCACCAUCCACAUUCAACUUUCAGUACUUCGCCCUUCACAGAUCUUAGGGUACUCUCACUUUCAGCAGGCUCAGGUGGUAAUGGCUGCAUUUCCUUUCUUCGCGAGAAGUUCGUCCCCAACGGCCCUGCGAAUGGUGGCGACGGUGGAACAGGUGGUUCAAUCUAUAUCCAGGCCGUAUAUGGUGAAACUUCCCUUCACAAAAUAGCAAGAGAUGGCUCGGUACAGGCUACCGCAGGAAGAAAUGGCCAAGGCAGUGCAAUUAAUGGAAAAAGAGGCGAUGAUGUAAUAAUCCGAGUACCAGUGGGCACAGUGGUACGUGAAAUUUCGCGAUGGGAUCCAACAGCAGAGGAGUUGGGCCCAGAGAAUGAUUUUGAGGAGGAAUACGCUACAAAGGCAGUCGCAGAUGCAAAAGCGAGGGCAAGAGUAAAGAAAGAAAAGAAAAAAGCGAGGGCAAAAGAGAAAGCGAGGACAAAAGAAGAAACGGAGGAAGAGGAGGCUGAGAAGGAUGAGAAUGAUGAAGAGGUGGAGGGAGAAUUCAGGAAAAGGAGAAAAAGGAAACAAUUGGAAGAACCUAUACAGCCCAGCAAAAAACAUGGAGGAAAUGAUCAUUGGCUCCAUUACCCUAGAAGUCUUUCGCAAAAUUUGCAAAGCACACAGUUUAACGAGGCAGCAUUCCCCUUUUACCAUCAUCGCUCCUCGUCGGAUCUUCUCACUCAGACUCACCCCACACCCGUUUGCUUAGAUCUAUCUGAGCCAACAUUAGAGCCGAUCUUGCUUCUUCCAGGUGCGCCUGGUGGUUUUGGGAAUCCGCAUUUUGUCUCCACCGAGCUUCGCCGACCAAAAUUUGCAACUAAAGGUGGAAAGGGCGCACGAAUGAAAAUUCAACUCGAGCUGAAAAUUCUUGCAGAUGUUGGUCUAGUUGGACUUCCGAAUGCAGGUAAAUCCUCUUUCCUUCGUUCGGUUUCAGGGAAGCAGGCCAGGGUGGGGGAAUGGGCCUUCACGACCUUGUCGCCGAAUAUUGGGACUAUUGUUUUGGACGAACGGGCGUUGCCGCCUCAAGUCCCCGUGGACUCAUGGCAAAAUCAGCAACAGCCUAGAUUUACAAUUGCAGACAUCCCAGGAUUGAUCUCAGAUGCCCACCUAAAUAAGGGAUUAGGACACGGGUUCUUGAGGCAUGUUGAAAGAGCCAAGGUUUUGGGUUUUGUUAUCGAUCUUUCGAGGGAUGAUCCAGUCGGUGAUUUAAAGGGCCUUUGGAGAGAAGUAAAGGCUUACGAACAGGGAAGGGAUGGUGAAGAAGAUGGCCCAAAUGUUAAAGGAAUGAUGAGUGAGAUGGCAGGGAACAAAAAUAUGGAUAUUGAACCUAUGGGCGGGCCGGAUAUCGAGACGAAUCUAGUCCAAGGCCAGGUGGAGCCCGAGAAACCAGAUAUAGAGAACGUUGAAGGAGGCAUGUAA